AUGGAUGACACGUUUGUCAUCUGGCCCCACAGUCCAGGCAAGUGGUCGGAGUUCCUCGACCACCUGAACAGUGUUCAUGAAAACAUCCAGUUCACCAUGGAGACAGAAAAGGAUGGCCAUCUUCCAUUCCUCAAUAUUGACAUCCACCGCAAGCCUGAUGGCUCACUGGGCCACAAGUUUUACUGCAAACCAACCCACACCAACUUAUACCUCAAUUCCGAUUCCCAUUACCACCAUUUCAACAAACAGGCCAUACUUUCCACCCUGGUGCACAGGGCUAGAGCCCUUUGCAACCAGGAAAGCCUGCAGGGUGAACUGGAGCUACUCAGAAUCACUUUCAGGAAAAACAGUUACAAUGACCGACGGAUCCAGCGAGCCCUCAAUCCACCAGCGAGGGUGUCACUGUCCCCGGAGAAACCAGCCUCGCCGAAGAAGAUUCCCAGUUUCCUUCAGCCAGUUAAGGAUGAUCUAGGACUCAAGACGCCUGGUGUAUACAGCGUUACCUUGAAGUGCGGCAAAGUGUACAUUGGACAGACUGGCCGUUCCAUCAAGACUAGGGUCAAGGAGCACCAGUGUUACAUCUGGUUGGGACAUCCUGAGAAAUCUGCCGUGGCCAAACACCUCUUAGACCUGGGCCACCACAUCCAUCUCCAGGAUACUUCUAUCCUCUCAACAAAAACCGGCUACAUGGAUCGGAUAAUCAGGGAAGCUAUCGAGACUGAAUGA